UUAAAACAACAGAGGCGCAAGGGAGGCAGCAGCAUGCCCGCGGUUCAAUAGCAGCAGAAAACACUGCUGGGGAGGAGGGGAGGGGAGAGAAGAAGGUGGUAAAAGAAGCGACCAGGGAGGCGAUCGGCUGCCCAGCUGUGCCGAGAUGGAGAAGUUCCAGGCAGCCAUGGUGCUCGGCGGGGUGGGCGAUGCCCUCGGCUACAGGAAAGGCAAGUGGGAGAGCUGUACCUCUGGGGUACAGAUCCAGGAGGAGCUGGCGGCUCUGGGAGGAAUGGGGAGCUUGACCGUGGAUGAGGACAACUGGCCCCUGAGUGACGGGACGCUGAUGCACAUGACGACAGCAGAAGCGCUGAUCACAGACUACUGGUCGCUGGAGGACCUGUACAGGGAGAUGGUGAGGCUGUACGUGGAGGCCAUGGUGAGCAUUCAGGGAAGACAGCCUGACCCUGCCACCGUGGAGGGAUGUUCCCAGCUCAAACCAGACAACUACCUCCUGGCCUGGCACACGCCCUUCAACGAGAGAGGGUCGGGGUUCGGGGCCGCGACUAAGGCGAUGUGCGUUGGCAUGCGAUACUGGCAACCGGAGAGGCUGGACACGCUGGUGGAAGUGAGCAUCGAGAUCGGCCGCAUGACCCACAAUCACCCCACAGGGUUCCUGGGCUCUCUGUGUGCGGCUCUGUUUGCCUCGUACGCCGUGCAGGGGAGGCCCGUGGUGCGAUGGGGGAGGGACAUGAUGAAGGUCCUGCCCACGGCGGAGGAGUACUGCAGGAAAACAAUCCGACACAUGGCAGAAUACCAGGAAAAGUGGUUUUACUUUGAGACGAAAUGGCAGUUCUACCUGGAGGAGAGAGAAAUCGAGAGGGAUGGACAGGACAAGCCGGCCUUUCCAGAACGCCAUGAUGCGGAGGAAAUGGACAAGAUAUACAAGCGCUGGAGCUCAGAGGGCCGGGGGGGGAGGAGGGGGCACGACGCCCCCAUGAUCGCCUACGAUGCCCUCCUGGCAGCCGGCUCUGACUGGACUGAGCUGUGCAAGCGGGCCAUGUUUCACGGAGGAGAGAGUGGCGCUACGGGCUCGAUAGCGGGCUGCCUGUACGGACUGCGGUACGGACUGGAGCAGGUGCCGGCGGGCCUGUACCGCGGCCUGGAGAAGAGGGAGAGGCUGGAGUUCCUGGGAGCGGAGCUCUUCAAGGCCGCCAGCGCUGAGAAGUAACCGCACCGCUGUGGGCCGCGGAAGGCACGGCCCGUCGCCAACGGGGCUGUGCGCUUCCCUGCUGCCUCUCUGAUUAAAUGGAUGUUUUUUUUUUUUUAAAUAUUAUUUCUGUGUUCCGUUUUGACUGUGCCUGGCUCCCCUUUCACAGACUGUCGGCUUCUGUUUCUGAGAGACAGCACACAUUCUCCUCUAGUACAGAGCUUUUCACAGGGCCAGUCUGACCAGCUGUUGCGCACUGAAGCUCACUUAACACCUGGAAAAUAGGCAACUUCUCCUUCACAAUUUGUGCAGUUUCACAGUUUUCGCUUGUGCCACUACACUUGUAGAGUUCGGAGAUCAUAAGGCUGUGGUUGUCUAUUUGCGGUUGUUAUUUAUUAGAUGAUGUAUUCUAGAUUGUCGCUUUAGACGUAAAAGAGUGUUACAGUAUCUCAAAAUUACCUCCAAUUAAGCUUUCUUAGAGGCUACAUUACUGUGCAAUUGGAACGAUAAGCCCCAAUUGUGAUAUACUGUAAUUAAUUAAUUUUGUUGGACAUGGCAAGUAUCUGGGUGUAUUUUUUAAUAUGAAACUUUAACAAGGCUUCUACCUCAAAGCUGAAGUGCAAGACAAGCCAUUUCUUUUUGUUUCCUUGUAGUAUGCAUUUGUCUGAAAUGUUUCUCUUUUGUCCCCAGAUAUGAUGGUAAGAGAAAUAAAUGCUCAUUGCAUUACCGUUCAAAUUCUCAGACAUAUUUGACCAAAUUCUUCAUUUGGCAUGGAAAAGACCUUGAUAUUUUCUCAAUUGUGAAACCUACAAAUUACUUGGGGGGGUAUGUCUCCAGUUGACUUGAUUUCAGCACCAUUCAUGGUGCACAACACCUGGUGUUGAACUGCGGAAGAGGUUAUUGACAUGGGCAUAAAAUUCACUGGUAUGAUUCUUAACAUAUUCUUUAAAGAUAAUGCUGGGUUACAAAAAACCUUCACCAUAGUAGAUAUCAUUAAAUCAUAUUUAAGGUUCUAACUACAAUAUGCUUAGCUAAAUGGUAAAAAUGGAGUGAUCUCAGAUAACAUGAGUCCUUCACUGGCUUCCUCUCUGCAAUGUGGUCUUCACCCAACCCUUAGCCCUCUCCUAAAUGAGAUUAAUGCCCUGUGACCUUAGGUCACCGACUGACAGCCUUCUAUUGUAUCAGUCCACCAGUACUUACACCACAAUGAACUUUAUCUCAUUUAUUUUCCAUCAUCAGUCUAUCCACUGCCCAUUGUGUAUGACCCACGUGUGCACUAUUAACAAGAGCACUUUCAUAAACGCCUUCAGACAUCGAUAAUAAUCAGCAUUUCUCCCAGCCUCUAACCAUCCUGUUAGGGGAUUAUUCCUGGACUACCUCAUUUUAAAUUAGAUUAGCCCAUCUAGGACUGUUACAAAGCUGUUGGCUUAAAUGUUUUAAUGGUUUUGUUCAUGAAAAAAAUGAUCGAGAAAUACAAAUCAAACUGUUAACUUA